CGAGGUCAGGGAGCAAGAUGAGCUCCCAGCGGUUGUGGGCUGUGCGAGCACAGUUUCUUCUGCUGUGGCUGCUGCUGCUGCCGGCCGUGCCUGUUCGGUGGGCCGAGGCCAGGAGGUCCAGAGUCUCGCCGCCCUGCCCGGAUGCCUGCGAUCCCACGCGCUGCCCUCCCCUGCCUACCUGCUCGGCCGGCUUGUUGCCGGUGCCGGAUCGCUGCGGCUGCUGCCGAGUGUGCGCCGCGGCCGAGGGCCAGGAGUGUGGCGGGGCGCGGGGCCGGCCGUGCGUCCCGGGGCUGCGCUGCGGCGCCCCGUUCUCCAGGGAGCCCUGGGGGAGAGCGUGGCUGGGCACCUGCGGCUGCGUGGAGGGUGCGGAGGGCGCGGCGGUGUGCGGCAGCGACGGGCGCACUUACCCCAGCCUGUGCGCGCUCCGCAAGGAGAACCGAGCGGCUCGCCAGCGGGGCGCGCUCCCGGCCGUGCCGGUGCAGAAGGGCGCCUGCGGGGAUGCGGGGACCACAAGAGCAGGGCGGCUCCGGAGAAAGUACAACUUUAUCGCCGCAGUAGUGGAGAAGGUGGCGCCAUCUGUGGUUCACUUGCAGCUGUUCCGCAGAUCACCUCUCACGAACCAGGAAAUCCCUUCGUCCAGCGGCUCCGGGUUCAUAGUGUCUGAGGAUGGGCUGAUUGUCACCAAUGCCCACGUCCUCACGAACCAGCAGAAGAUCCAGGUCGAGCUCCAGAGCGGGGCCCAGUAUGAAGCCACUGUCAAAGACAUCGACCAUAAACUGGACCUUGCACUGAUUAAGAUUGAGCCCAAUACUGAGCUUCCGGUUCUGCUGCUGGGAAGAUCCUCUGACCUCCGGGCUGGAGAGUUUGUGGUAGCUUUGGGCAGCCCAUUUUCUCUGCAGAACACUGUGACUGCAGGGAUCGUCAGCACCACACAGAGAGGCGGCAGAGAGCUGGGACUGAAGGAUUCAGACAUAGACUAUAUCCAGACGGAUGCCAUCAUUAAUCAUGGAAAUUCUGGGGGUCCACUGGUGAACCUGGAUGGUGAUGUGAUUGGUAUAAACACUCUGAAGGUGACUGCAGGCAUCUCUUUUGCGAUCCCCUCAGAUCGGAUCAGACAGUUCCUGGCAGACUAUCAUGAGCGCCAGUUGAAAGGAAAGGCUCCUUUGCAGAAGAAAUACCUGGGUCUUCGAAUGCUGCCCCUCACUUUAAACCUCCUUCAGGAAAUGAAGAGGCAAGAUCCAGAUUUCCCUGAUGUGAGUUCUGGAGUUUUUGUAUAUGAAGUGAUUCAAGGAUCGGCUGCUGCAAGCUCGGGGUUGAGAGACCAUGAUGUAAUUGUCAGCAUUAACGGGCAACCUGUCACCACCACAACUGAUGUCAUCGAAGCUGUUAAGGACAAUGACUUUCUCUCCAUCAUUGUGCUUCGAGGAAGUCAAACCUUGUUUCUGACAGUCACACCUGAAAUAAUCAAUUAAGUAUCUUACUUUGAGAAACUGGCUGGCGAAACCAGUUAUAUUACCUGGUUUCUAUCGAAGUGCCAGAGAUGACGGGGUCUUCUGGCUAUCAAGAAAAAUGGAUGCUUUAAAUGCAGAAGUACAUUUGCACACACACACACACACUCUCUCU